AGGGACCCUACUUCUGUGCUGCCGGGGAAGACAAAAGCUUUUGGCCGAGACAUAGUUGAUGCUCAUUACAAGGCUCGUAUUUUUGCUGGUAUCAACAUCGGUGGCAUUAUUGGGGAAGUCAGUGGGAGUUCCAAGUUGGCCCCUGCUGUUGGUAUCUCUGCUGGUGAUGAACUGUGGGUUGCUCGUUACAUUCUUGAGGAUCACCGAAACUGCAGGUGUAGUUCUUUCUUUUGAUCCGAAGCCAAUCCAGGGAGAUUGGAAUGGUGCUGGUGCUCACACGAACUACUGCACCAAGUCCAUGAGAUGCGAUGGAGGAUACGAAAUCAUCAAGGAGGCCGACAAGAAGCUCUUGGCAAGAGGCACAAGGAGCAACGAGCGUCGUCUCACCGGGCGACACGAGAUUGCUGAUAUCAAUACCUUCGUAUGGGGAGUCGCCAAUCGCGGAGCCUCCAUUCGAGUAGGCCGCGAGACGGAGAAGAAUGGAAAACGUUAUUUCGAAGACCGGAGGCCAACAUCAAACAAGGAUCCCUAUGUCGUCACUUCCAUGAUUGCUGAGACGACCAUCCUCUGGAAUCCAUGAGCAAAUCGUGGGAUGGUGCGCCUGCCGCUUCAUGGGAUUCCCAUGCUGCAGAGGGAACAGCUCUCAUUUCUUCUCCUGUCAUCAUCCAGUGUUUGCCCCGCAUUGUCUCAGUGUAUUUCCAGUAAUGACAGUAAUAGAACAGACUAGGAUUAUGAUGGUGUCUUGUGCUGUGAGGGUUGAUGUGCCUCGUACACGAUUGCAGUGCUAAACCUUGCAUUUUGUAUGCAAUCCAGGAUCAUGUUCGAAUGUGUAAAAGUUGAUGCACAGUUCGGGAUGCUUUUAUCCAAUAAUUCUCGAAAUUAUUGGAUUUUAUAUAGAGAGGAAAGAUCUAAUACACUGUACAGAUCACCUAAGCUUUCUUUGUGAUAUGUGAAUCAUUGUCUUUCUGGUC